AACCGCCCCGAAUUAUGCUCAUUGAUCAAGGCGUUGCGUGGAACGUUUCAGUUGACUACCGCUUGCACUCUCCCAACGGUUGACUUCACCAUAUCUUUACAAGAAUCCGACCACGCCGACGGUUGCGCUUCAGUUGUGAGUUCUUCGCUGUACUAUAAGCACAGAAGAUUGCUUAUACACCAUCGCCGGUUGGGUGCCACAAAUGAGAAACAAGCCCCAAAUGGAAUUGACGACAAAACGUGCCUGGUCCCCUGUUUCUUCAGCUUUCCAACCGAAAUUUGAUGUGUUCUUGAGUUUCAGGGGUGCAGACACCCGCAAGAGUUUUGCAGACCAUUUGUAUGGCGCAUUGCGACAAAAAGGAAUUAAGACUUUCGUUGAUGACUCAGAAAAUGAAAGAGGAAAAGCGAUUUCUCCACAACUCAUUUCAGCAAUUGAACAAUCAAAGAUUGCUGUCGUUGUGUUCUCUGAAAAUUAUGCUUCUUCAACAUGGUGCCUUGAUGAACUUUCCAAAAUUCUUGAACGCAAGGAAGGGGGAGAUGCAGUUCUACCAAUUUUCUAUUAUGUGGACCCCUCUGAUACCGGGAAGCAUAUGAGUAGACUGACUGAAGCCUUAAAUCUACAUGAAAAAAGGUUUGAGGAAAACAUAGAGACGGUGGAACGAUGGCGAGCUGCUUUAGAAAAAGCGGCUAAUCUCAGAUGGAAGAGUUCAAACGACAGGUAUGAACCACAACUCAUCAAAGAAAUCGUUAAUGAGGUACUAACCAAAGUACGCCCUGAGCCUCAAGAAAGGCUGUUCGGAAUGUAUCAAAGAUUGGAGCAACUGGAUUUGCUUUUAGAUGCAGGAUCAGAUGAUGUUCACUUCAUAGGGAUAUGGGGGAUGGCUGGGUUAGGUAAGACAACCCUGGCUAAGACAGUUUAUGAGAGGAUUCUUCAUAAAUUUGAAGUCAGCAGCUUCCUUGACAGAGUUAGUGAGGGUUCUAAAGCACAUGGUCUAAGUAAUCUACAAAGAAACCUUUCCAAGGUCCUCAUGAAUAAAAAUAUAGAAGAUUGGGAUAUUCAUGGAGAAGCCACAAUGAGAAAGGUCUUGUGUGAGAAGAAGGUUCUUCUCGUUCUUGACGAUGUGGACCAGAUAAGUCAGUUGGAAACCUUAUGUGGAAAUCAAGAUUGGUUUAGAUCUGGAAGCAGAGUCAUUAUUACAACUAGAAAUGAACAAUUGCUGAUUACGCAUGGUGUGGAAAGAAGAUUUGAGAUGCAUGAGUUAAAUGAUGAUGAUGCGCUUCAACUUUUUAGCUGGAAGGCCUUCAAAAAGGAUUUUCCGGAUAAAGAAUAUAUGGCUCUUUCAAAAGUUAUUUUGAAUUACGCCAAUGGACAUCCAUUAGCUCUUAAGGUGUUGGGUUCACUUUUGCAUAAAAGAGAUCAAGAUGCGUGGAGAAGUGCAUUGUGUAAACUGAAGGAUGCUUUCAAGGGAGAAAUUAUGGAUACACUUAGAAUAAGUUAUGAUGAACUAGAGAAGCAGGAGAAAAACAUUUUCCUCGAUAUAGCAUGCUUCUUUAAAGGGAAGUGUAAAGACCAAGUAGUUGAAAUACUAGACAAUGAUGGCUUUUGUUCACGUAUUGCAAUGGAUGUUCUAAUUGAGAAGUCUCUGUUGACCAUUUCAGAUAAUAUGGUGUGGAUGCAUGAUUUGUUACAAGAAAUGGGUUGGGAAAUUGUUCGUCAGCAGGCUCAGGAACCUGGCGAGCGCAGCAGGUUGUGGCUUUCUAGGGACGUCUUUCAUGUGUUGAAAAAUAAUUUGGGGACGAACGCAGUUGAAGGCAUUGUCCUGGACUUGCCUGAACCUAAAGUGGUACGAUGCAAUUCUAAAGCCUUUUCUAAGAUGGUUAAUCUUAGAUUGCUCCAAAUUUGUAGUGUUCACCUACCCCAUGGGCUCAGCUACCUCUCUAAUUCCUUGAGGUUUCUUGGAUGGAGUGGUUAUCCUUUAAAGUCCCUUCCAACAGGUUUCCAACCGGAUAAGAUUGUUGAACUCAGCAUGUGUCAUAGUAGCAUUGUACAGCUUUGGAGUGGAAUAAAGUAUUUGGACAAGUUGAAGGUCCUCAAUCUUAGUUAUUCACAACAUUUGACUAGAACCCCCGACUUCACAGGCGUCCAAAAUCUUGAGAGACUGUAUCUUGAGGGAUGCGAAAGUCUAGUUGAGAUUCACCCAUCCAUAGGAUUCCUCAAAAGGCUUAUUUCCUUGAACCUCAAAGGCUGUAAAAGUCUAGCGAGUCUUCCAAGUAAGAUUGAAAUGGAAUACCUACAGAGUUUUAUUCUUUCUGGUUGCUCGAGAGUUCAAAAGCUUCCUGAAUUUGUGGGACAUAUGGAGCAUUUGCGGGAGAUUUCCUUAGAUGGGACUGCUACUGAAAAUAUACCUUUGUCUGUCGAACGCCUGACUAGACUUUCUUCAUUGGAUAUGAGAGAUUGCAUAAAUCUGCGUUUUCUUCCCAGUACCAUUGGCAAUUUGAAGUUUCUUAAAACUCUUGAUUUGUCUGGAUGCUCAAACCUUGCCAAACUGCCAGAAAGCUUGGGGGACCUAGAGAGUUUGGAGAAUAUUGAUUUAAGUGGAACUUCUAUUGAAGAAUGGCCAUCUUCUAUUGUCCUUUUGAAAAACCUUAAGUCGUUAAUUUUUCGUGGACCAAAAGGGCCGUCACGACAGUCAUGGCAUAUGGCUCUCCCUUUCCGAUUAAUGCCAAUGAAGAGCCGUCAGCCUAUGAGUUCCUUCCUGCCUCCCCUCUCAGAGAUCUGUUUUUUAACGGAAUUAAAUCUAAGUAAUUGUAAUCUUCUCGAAGGAGAAAUCCCUGGUGAUAUAGGUUGCUUAUCCUCUUUAGCAUCAUUGAAUUUAAGCAGUAACAAUUUUGUUAGCCUUCCUAAAAGCAUUAGUGAACUUUUGAAGCUUGAGUAUUUAUCCUUGAGGCAUUGCUGUAAGCUUCAGGAGCUUCCAUUGCUUUCAUCGUCUAUAGCUUUAGAAGUAAUUGCAGAUGGUUGCACUUCAAUGAAAAAGCUGCAGUGGCCGUCGAAUUUGGACAGAUUGAAGCGGUCGUGUUUCAAUUUCAUCAACUGCACAGGGUUGGUUGAGAAAGAAAGCCUUAGUAUGCUCGAAAGAUACCUUAAGAGAGUGCCUUACGCCGGAGAUAGAUAUGAAAUUGUAAUGCCUGGAAGUGAAAUUCCUUUGUGGUUCAGCCAUCAAGCACUCGGGUCUUCGGUAAGUGUACAACUACCUCGGAAUUGGCGUGAUAAUAAGUGGAUGGGAUAUGCUCUGUGCACCGUUUUCCAAGUUUUUGGCAGUGGAUGGGAGCUCGAUUGUCUUUUGAAAGUUAAUGGAAAAGAACAGUAUCCUGCGCCUAUAUUAGCAACUAAUGUCCAGCCUAUGUCAGAUCAUCUUUGGCUAGUCUACAUCUCUCGUGAUUUAAGCUUGGGUAAAGAGUGGCAACACCGCCGCAACCAGUUAAUAUUUUCAUUCAUCAGCUCAGGCCCCAGCUUUGUAAAGAAGUGUGGUGUCCGUUUGAUAUAUGAACAAGAUGUGGAGGAGUUUAACAAGAUAUUGACCCAACCCAGCAGCAAGAUUUCUCCUUCUGAGGCCAUGGAUGCCCUUCAUCAUGAUGAAAAAUCAGAGUCUCUAGAAGGUGCCAUUGUCCAACAGAGUUUUUGGAAAAGACCAAGUCGAAAUGGUAGUUUUACUGAGCAAUCGCACUUCAAAAGAUCCAAAGCAACAUAAAUUUUUUGGCAUGGGCAGAACUGGUCUAAUGCCUUAUUAUCAAAUGCCUCUAAUUAGUCUAGGAGAUGUGUUUAAUAUUGACCUUGUGUUUGGAUGAAGUAUUUCUAAUUUUCAUAGAAAUAGAAAUUGUAGUCGAAGGAUUUUUUAAUGACAUCAUUUAAAAUUACCUCAACUCCAAAUUUCA